UCAUAAAAGAAACAAAAGUAAUUCUGUGAUGGAGGAAACUUUUAUUUCUUCAAAACCAUGUGGCAAAGAAGAAAUCAUUGAUUUGAACCAAAUCACACUCCGAUCCUUUAAUCUUUCUGACCUUGAUGAUGUAAUGGUGUGGCAUACUGAUGAAAAGGUGGCCAAGUUCUGCUCUUGGGAACCUUACACCAGCAGAGAAGAUGGCAUCAACUUCAUAGAAAGUAUAGAAAGCAAGUUUCUUUGUUGCAAAGCAAUAUGCAUUAAUGAUCGUGCUAUUGGCUGUGUUCUUUUGUUCACACCUGAAGAUAAAAGCAGGAAACAAUCUGCAGAACUUGGCUAUAAUCUAAGCUCUAAAUAUUGGGGUAAAGGGAUUGUCACAUGUGCUGUGAAACAAAUUGUUAAGAUUGCAUUCGAUGAAUUUUCGUACUUGGAAAGGCUUGAAGCUCUUGUUGAUGUGGAAAAUGUUGGGUCUCAAAGGGUUUUGGAGAAAGCUGGUUUCCAAAAGGAGGGAACUCUUAGGAAGUAUUUGGUCAUGAAAGGAAAAAGCAGAGAUAUGAUCAUGUUUAGUGUUCUUUCUAAUGAUCUCCAACUUUAAUACGUUUCAUUUUUCAAUCAUAAUUUUCUUUUAAUAUUGAAAUCUAUCUUUAGAAUCAAUUCUGAUGUAUUACAUUUUUCUUUUUUUGUGAUAUUUGAGGUUUGCCUUGUUAAGAAAGGAAAGUAAUAGGCAAGCGAAGUUAAAACAGUUUUAGAGUGUGUUUGAAUGAGGUAAUUGAGAAAUUUUA